CCCCCCUCCCCACUAUACAUGCUCUGAUCUAACCUGUGAUUACUGUAUGGUGCAGAGAAAACUAGCAUUGAGAGUAAGUAAGUAAGUGAUUCGAGUGUGGUAAAUGUGACGAAAUUUUUGGUUUUUGGAGAGUAGAAAGGAAUCAGACUUUUUUACUACCUGCACAUAUAUUAAAAAUGGUUGUUAUAAACAUUUCACAGAAGACGGAAUUUGAAGAUACUAUAAGUUCAAGUGACCUAGUUGUUGUGCACUUUUAUGCCGAUUGGGCUACACAAUGUGGUCCCAUGAAUGAUGUACUUGAAGAACUAGCCAAACAAGCAGAACUGAAGGGUGUCAAGUUUGUAAAGUGUCCAGCUGAAGACUUGCCAGAAGUUUCCUUGAGGUACUCUGUUUCUGCUGUUCCAACAUUUCUCUUGCUACGUGGGGGCUCACUAUUAGACAGAGUAGAUGGAGCCAAUGCAGCUGAACUUACAAAGAAAAUUAAUUUACAGGUAUCCAAAGGUUCAAAUACUACAUCGGCCAAACCUGCUGCUGAAGAUUUGACAACACGUCUGCACAGACUUAUCAAUUCAGCCCCUGUUAUGUUAUUCAUGAAAGGAACAUCAACAGAACCAAGAUGUGGGUUUAGUAAAUCAAUGGUUUCCCUCUUAGACAGCCAUGGAGCUCUGUACAAAACAUUUGAUAUUUUGAGUAAUGAAGAAGUGAGGCAGGGAUUAAAGACAUACUCAAAGUGGCCAACAUACCCCCAGCUUUACAUCAAUGGUGAACUCAUUGGAGGUCUGGAUAUUGUGAAAGAAAUGAAUGAAAGUGGUGAACUACAGGAACUGCUGCCAAAGAAGGAAACUUUGGAAAUGAGGCUGAAAUCAUUAAUAAACCAAAGUGACUGUGUGGUGUUUAUGAAAGGAUCUCGGGAAGCACCACAGUGUGGCUUCAGUAAGCAGCUGAUGGCAAUUCUAGCAGAGACUGACAUCAAGUUUGUUACAUUUGACAUACUUACUGAUGAAGAAGUGCGUCAAGGCCUGAAGACUUUCUCCAAUUGGCCAACAUACCCUCAAGUAUAUGUUAAAGGAGAACUCAUUGGUGGAUUAGACAUUAUCAAGGAGUUGAAAGAAAGUGGCGAGUUGCUCAGUACUUUAAAAGGACAGUCAUAAUUGUUCUUUGAACAUAACAAUGAAUAGUUACUACAGUGAAUGGGUGUAGAUUAAUUAAAAUACAAUAUUAAUCUUUUCUGGUAUUAGAAGAAAUGUUAUGGUCAAAAACUUAAGUUUGUAAUCCAUUUCAUGCCUGCUUUCCAUAAUGCAUAAUGAAAGAAUUAUGAAUAUUCAUGAAACUUGGUAUAAAAGUUAUGGCAUCACA